GGUAUGCAGGCAGUUGUGACCGGCGUACGGCGGAAGCAGCUCUCCUCCAAUUUAACAAGAACAGCGCCUUCAUGGUACGGCAGAGUUCUCACCACUCUGCCAGCCAGCCCUUCACCUUGGUGGUUUUUUACAAGAAUCGUGUCUACAAUGUUCCUAUCCACUACCAGGAGAGCAGCUGCCAGUUUGCGCUUGGCAAGGAUCCCAAGAGACAUGAGCUGUUUGACAGUGUUUCCAGCAUCAUCGAGAAGUACUCGGAGCGCCCCCUGGUGCUGAUCGACGGCAGCACUUCUGCCAAGGAGCAAACUCGACUCUUGUUCCCCGUGACACCGUGAAGAUCGGCGCCUGCCAUGCAGAGUGGAUCCCCAGU